AUGGGGCCCGAUCAGCAUGCACAGCUCGACGACUUCAGUCGCGUCCUCCCUCUUCCGUACCGAGUGGCAGUGAUCUUGGUUGCUGGUUUCUGGGGCUGGGGUCUUAAUCUGCAGUAUCUCUCCAAGACAGGAGUCGAUGUCCCUGCUCUCAUCCGAUAUCCUCCUCGCCAGACCUCUCAUCAACGAUCACAUCAUGCCUCCGUCUACCACUUCGCCACCCUCUUAACCGUGCCCCUUGUCCUGUCGAUUCUGUUGUUCUGGGCGGUCACUCAUGGCUCUGCUGAGCAGGUUGAACACCACGACUACAUCCCGCAGUCCUAUCUUUUCAUCUUCUUUUUCAUUUUGUUUCUGCCAUUCCCCCGUCUGGCACGGGCCGGACGGCAGCGCUUCUUCGUGACCCUGAAACGCAUCAGCAUCGGUGGCCUGGCCGUAGCGCAGGAUGGUAAAUUCGGGGAUAUCUUGCUUGCCGAUGCUCUGACGAGUUAUGCAAAGGUUUUCGGCGAUUUGUUCGUGAGCUUCUGUAUGUUCUUCAGAGACGGUGUCUCGAGCACGGAGAAGCCUGACCGGAAUUGCGGUAACGACUGGAUCUUCCCGCUUAUUGUCGCAACUCCUAGCCUUAUUAGACUUCGACAGUGUCUCAUUGAAUAUAUGCGUGUUCAGCGGGCGGGCCCACGCAAGGAGAAUUGGGGGGGGCAGCACUUGGCUAACGCACUGAAAUACUUCACGGCUUUCCCUGUCAUCUUCCUGGCAGCGGAGAUGCGGAACUACAAUCCUCUAACCAACUACUUCGGGAUCAGCGAGGUGGCUUUGUCUCGUCUCUUGUUCCUCUCUGCUCUCAUUAAUUCCUCCUACUCCUUCUACUGGGACGUCACCAAGGAUUGGGACCUGACGCUCUUUACACCCGCCUGCAGUGACCCGGACCAUCCGUACGGACUGCGCCGCCACCUCUAUUUCUCCUCGCCCCGGUACUACUACGGGGCCAUUUCAAUCGACCUGGUCAUUCGGUUCAUCUGGCUCUUCCCCAUACUAUCCUGCUUCAAGUGGCUGAAAUAUCACGAGAGCGGGAUCUUCCUCGCCAUGUCCCUUGAAGUUGCCCGGCGCUGGAUGUGGAUUUUCUUCCGAGUUGAAACUGAGUGGGUACGAAAUAACCGUGGCCCGGCCCCCGACGAUAUCCUCCUCGGUGAAUUCCGCGGCAAACUCGACGCGGACUAA